UUCCACAAAUUUCUGACGGCUGUCUAAGUUGGCGCCGUCGUCUUCACACGAUACCGUGUUAUGGCUUUACAUUUACUUUCCGAAAUGGAGUUGGCUUUCUUUUCCCCUAUUUUCUAAGACUAUAAUACGCUGCGUAUGUUCCAGCUAUGUUCUAAACCACGAGGUAUUCCCAACUUUGCAAAUUGUGGGAUGGCUCAAGCCACAGAUACUUCAAAUUUCAAUAUGCCCACAGGGGAUGUCGCCUUUGGUUUGCCCUUUUAUGUAUAUAUUGCCACGCGUGUUUUACAUGUUCAUCCCAUAACCAUCAUCAGUUCGGGCACCCACUCUCAGACUGGGAGGAUGUGAAAGACGACGUAAACGACGUUGGUUGUUGUGGCCGCUUCAGUAAAGGUGCCGUAGUGGGUAUCCGCCAGGUGCCGUUCGCUGCUCGUGGACUUAUCUGCCCUUUCCUCUCGCGACAAUAUUUCCCCUUUAUGCCAUUUCUUUAACGCAUUAGAAACGAUCGACCAUUACUUACUGGACUGCCGGCGUUUCUCCUCCCUAAGAAAAAGAACAUUGAAAAUUGCAAUGCGACAUUUCGGCCUGCCAUUGAACACUCUAGAACUGCUUUCUUUCGGAGCUUCUGUGCUUGGACACUCACACAGCAAUGUAUGCAUCGCCAUAGCGAAAUUUAUGCUUGAAUCAAACCGAUUUCAUUGUUAAGCAUAUUAUUCCAUUUAUCAUUACCUUAUUGCCUCUUGUACUCGCAUCUAUACUUUUUAUAUAUUUAUUGUCUACUGAAUCGUCUUAGAAUUUAUUCGCUAUAGUAUAUUUACCAAAAUUACACAUUUGCUAAAUUUAUUCACUUAGCACAUAUAUAAAAUCUACCCGACUCUUGGCCGAUCCCCGCGAGUGGGUAUGCGCCAAAGAUGAUAAGGUCAUCAUCAUCAUCAUCAAUAUUUUUCUAGCUCUUACGACGGUAAUCGAAUCUCCCUAGGCCACACGUAAGCCGCUAGCAUACAUAGGCGAUCGGGGCGCAUUGGUCCUCGCGUCGACGCUUUGCGUGCUGGCAAUGAAUCAGAAACGACCCAUGCGGGCCAGGAAACGCCUCUGCUGCCCGGCCGAACCGUUUGAGAUUGCCAACGGCCAAGAUGCGGCCGUGCUGCCAAGCCUACACGUCGACUUGCCGAGCCAGCGCGUCGCCGGAGAGACAAAGUCAGCGCUGCAGAUGCUGCGCUCCUUAUUCCCGUCGGACAAGUUCAUGGCCGGCUUUCCAGCUAUCGCCAUGAGGCACCAGCUCUACGCCAUGGUCCAGAACAGAGUAGACGUCGACAACGCGUUGACAGAGAUGACGGACCGUGGCGAGGUACGGAUCUUCCAGUUGGGGCCGCACGAAACAGAUGCAGCAGUGCUGUUUACAGAGGACUACCUCAUUUAUGUGCGGCAGCGGAGUGGACAUAAUCCAGCAGUAGAGAAGUUCCUGGAAAAGGUUGUCAUGCGAUCCCAGAACAUCAGCUGCAGCCACACUUCUUUGGCCAUGGAGUACAGUCUGUGUGAUAAUGAAAUCAGUGAACUGGAGCACUUGGGACUGCUGGUGCCACGUGGAAUUGGCAGCGAUGGCUACCACUGGUGGCUCGGCGUUCCUGGCGCAGUCUGCUUCCUGAGGACACUCGCCCGCGGCCGCGUUGCCCUCCUCCAGAUGCUCCGAAGGUCCAAGCACCAAGAGCUGUCACGUGCCGAACUGGAAAGUCAGCGGUUACCCCGUGGGACCAAGCUGGCUAUUGGGCAUUUCAUCUACGAUGCCAUAGGGGCCAACCUCGUGACUUGCGUGAAGACAACGUCUGGAGAUGUGCUCAGGCUGAGGGAGUGAGGUGGAGAAGCCAUGUACAUAGUGCGACUGUGAACGCGUGUGUGUGUUUGUGUGUGUGUGCGUGCGUGCGUGUGUGUGUGUGUGUGUGUGUGCGUGCGUGCGUGCGUGCGUGUGUGCGUGUGUGUGUGUGUGUGUGUGUGUGUGUGUGUGUGGGUGUGUGCGUGUGUGUGUGUGUGGGUGCGUGCGUGUGUGUGUGUGUGUGUGUGUGUGUGUGUGUGUGUGUGUGUGUGUGUGUGUGUGUGUGUGUGUGUUCUAUGCUUCCAACUACAAUAUACUCCCAACUAACUGUGCAGUUCUAUGGCUCCCAAUCGCCACGGUGUCAAAGGACGACAAGAAGUCUUCUAGGAAUUUAAUUCUGCCAUAAAAAAAACCUUCCAUUUGGGCA